UUUACGACACAAAUUAGGCGAUCGAAUAAAAAAUAGACGGCAUCGUCGCGGGAAAGAUGUCAAACCGCUUUUCUUCCUUCGUUCUGCUGGUUUUCUGUACGCAGCAUCGCGGAUAUUCCAUAUGAAUGAAGCGAUUAAGCGGAGGCGUCAUCGGGGAUGCCCCACUACCGCGAAACAUGCGUCGUAUAGAGCCUCUGGGAUCGACGCCAAGUCGCAUCCGUCGUGUUUUUUGCAAACUAGUCGACGGCUGAGGUUGUGCAUAUUAAAGUGAUCAUCAAGUCGCGUGUUUUACCAAAUCGGACUGAAAUUAAAGAAGUUCGAACUUGUCGAUCGACGCGUGUAUAGCGAAUUUAUUCUUUUCGCGACAGAAAGUAAACUGACUUGAACAUACAUGUUUAAACUUUUAUUCAAGAUUUAAACUCGUUAUCUUAGUUUGGACAGAGAAUCGCUCGAAGUCGAUGCUCGGGGCGGUUACAGUGAUUCUGUGUGCGAUCAGAAACAUCGGUAGUUGGCAACGGAAGAAAGAAGAUUGUAAUUAUCUUUGAUGGAAUAAGUUCUGGUUCACCGUUGAGUGCUGUCGAAGUCAAACGCAAUGAUUAGUGCCGAUUUUCCUUCGAAUGCGAUAACCGCGCGCGGAAGCGUGAUUUUUCUUCAUUGAUAAAGGUUAUCGGAAAGAGAAGUCCAGGAUGGUCGGUGUCAUUGUCAAGGUUGCACUGUUGGUGCACUUUCUUCAGUUGAUCGUCGAGGCGGCUGAUCGCACUGUAUGCGUUCCCAAUUACUUCCGUUACAUGAAAGACGACGAGACAGAUAUAUUCAACGGACGUAUUGAGAUACCAUCACCGCCAAAAGGAGUUGCUCUGCAUCUUAGCAUAAAAUUGAGCAUCGCCGUCGUGUUACCCACGAAGUACGUUGGCCGAUUAGAAUUGGCGCAGUCGAAAGAGCAAUCAGUAAAAGCUAUCCAGCAGGGCAGGUCCCUGAAGUACAACAUCCAUUUUCCUCUUCGUCGUCCAAUACCAACCGUAACUGCUUUGUGGUUCAACAAUGAACUACUCUGUUCCGGUCCACGCGCAAGUGGGCAAAUUGUCACCUUCAUCAUGCUGAACCAUACGUUGUAUCCACCAGGGGUGUUAGUAGUCCUAUCGAACGAAGAGAAUGCGAUUUCAACAUAUUCCAAGUUAGACAACGCGUUUCGACAACCUGUGGAACCCGUUUCAACUCCGCCGCCAAUCGUUCAACCACCUCCAACUCAACCGACGACCAUUCAACCCGUUACAUCCAAUCCAAAAUUGAAUAGUAUCAACGAGGGUUGUGGUCGUCCAUUUGCCAAUAGCAGAAUUAAUCACAUGGUAGUAAGCGGUGGGAGAACGUCACCGGGUCAGUGGCCUUGGUUGGUUGCAAUAUUUAUCGUCAGGCACAAUUUCGACUUCCAGUGUGCGGGAUCGCUUGUGACGAACACUCACAUUAUUACAGCCGCGCACUGUUUUCAAUUGGGAAACACGAGCGUGCACGUUGGGGCUCUGUCGAUUUCUUUGGGACGUUACGAACUGCGAAAGUGGAACGAAGAAGGCUCUGUAAACCGACAUGUGGCCGAGUAUAGACUUCAUCCCGAUUACAGGCCUCGAGUCAACGCUCAAUCGCGGACUAAUUCCGAUUCCGAUCUGGCAGUGUUGAUUUUAAGAGAGAGGGUGGAAUACAGCGCGACGAUCAAACCGAUUUGUCUUUGGACAGCAUCCACGGAUCUGGAUGUCGUUGUAGGAAGGUCGGGAGUCGUGGUGGGCUGGGGACGCGAUGAAUUUGGAAAUUCCUACGUCCAGGAGCCUCGAAUGAACGUAUCUCCGAUUGUGUCUCAGGAGGUUUGCCUAUGGAGCAACGCCGAGUUCGCGUCCAUAACUUCGAACCGGACGUUCUGCGCCGGCUUGAGGAACGGAAGCGGUCCUUGUAACGGUGACAGCGGAAGUGGCUUCGUUAUGUACGAUUCUAUCACGGAUCGCUAUUACUUGCGCGGUGUCGUUUCGCUAUCGCUGUUGAAUAGAGCCAACAUGUCCUGCGAUUUGUCUCAAUACGUGGUUUACACGGACGUCGCGCAAUACAUGGACUGGAUAGAAGCGCAGCUUUCUACGUAGACGUUCGUUCCACGAUUGUGAACAUGGUAAUCGAUCAACAUUUAAAUUAUUUUCGUAACACGGGACGUUUCGAACAGUUGGUUCCAAUAUGCAAAGUAUCAACGAGCCAAUCAACAGGUCCACCGAUCAUGUAUUCUGUGUUAACGUACAAGUAAAUCUAUCGAACGCGUUUCUAGUCGUCGAUAUCAUCGACAGAGCGAAUAAAAUGUACUUCGAAGGCUAGGUUAGUUUUAUUUAGAUCGUGUUUCCAACAACUCUCAUUACAUCAGUAUAUGCGAUAUUGAUGAGGAAAUGUACAAACCUAUACAGACCCCGAUCUGUUUAUUUUAUUUGUAAGGAUAGACAGUGUAUGCAAUGUAUUUUAAUUCUUCCAUUUAUUCGUAUGCGUAAUAUUUAUUGUUAACAUAGAUUUAAUUAAUAGCAUACUUUGUUAAAUAAGUACAACGCGUAAAUCUAUCGCACUAGCAUGUAAAUUGAACUGUUUCGUCUCGCGUACGGUAUCCCCUCUUUAUAAAUAAUUGUAUCAUACUUUUAUAUUUUUAAAUGGCAAUAUGUAUAUAUUGUUAGAUGGAAGUUUGUUAGAAAUUCAUUGGUCAUAUGAUCGAUCGAGAUUCAUUCUAUGUUAAUAAAACUUUAUACUUUCCUUACGUUCGAUUUGUUCUACAAUAAAAUAUCGCCGAUACGCUAAAUAUAAAUAAAUCAUGUUUAUACAAUUCACAAACUGUGCACAGAGAGUCUUAGAAUAACUGUCGCCGAUAAGGCUGAAAAUAACGACGUCCCGACAUCAGUAAGAGAACAUAAUGACGUGUAUUUUUCUUUAUUUGCAGUUAUACACACUUACACAUAAAAUCAUUUCUUACAUAUAUUUAUAAAGACAGCAUAAGCGGACUUAUUGAAUGGA